AACAUUUGAUGGUUCUCCAUCACCGUCACCGUGGAUGAUCCGUCUCCUGUGUUCGACGCUUUUUGGCUGAUAACUCCUGUAUUUCUCUGAGGAAGGGGGGGACCUGCCACCUACCACCAUGUCGAGCAAAAGGGCCAAGGGGAAGAACACUAAGAAGCGCCCUCAGCGCGCCACUUCCAACGUGUUUGCUAUGUUUGAUCAGUCCCAGAUACAGGAGUUCAAGGAGGCUUUCAACAUGAUCGACCAAAACAGGGAUGGCUUCAUCGACAAAGAAGAUCUUCAUGACAUGCUGGCCUCGUUAGGUAAGAACCCCACUGAUGGAUACCUGGAGGAAAUGAUGAAUGAAGCACUAGGCCCAAUCAACUUCACUAUGUUUCUGACCAUGUUUGGAGAGAAGCUGACUGGCACGGACCCGGAGGAUGUGAUCCGUAAUGCGUUUGCCUGCUUUGAUGAGGAAGCCACAGGUAUCAUCCAGGAGGAGUACCUGCGCGAGCUGCUCACUACGAUGGGUGACCGGUUCACAGAUGAAGAAGUGGACGAGCUCUUUCGUGAGGCCCCCAUUGACAAGAAAGGCAACUUUAACUAUGUAGCAUUCACACGAAUCUUAAAGCAUGGUGCAAAAGAUGAUUAGUCUGGAGGCUACACUUCGGGACAGCAUUCUCCUGUAAUUUGUGUCAUGGUUAAGUUUUACUGUGCUGUAACCUAUGGAAGGUUCAUAUAUUUAAGCUGCUUUUUGGACCACACCUCUGAACCCUACUCCUCCUUACACUUAAAGCUUAUUUGCACAUUUGUGGUAACACAGCUAUGGCUCUGUAUAAGGUGUAUGUGAAGACCCCAUAAAGCUGGAAAUAAACUCAAACAAUGUC